GCUCUGACGUUGACACAAUUAAUCUAGAUAUCCUAACUGUGCUUCAACUCUUUCACCCAAUAAUUCGUGUGAGGAAACGUAUCUGGCGACAUUUCAAUUUCUCAGCAAAUUUUCUUUUGCGCCUUUCCUUACCUUUCUGAGCUCAGGCGAGUUGGAGGCUUAGGACCCCAAAAGUUAAUCGUACAACUACAUACUAUUGCAUUCACAUUUAUUCACUUCUCAUGAGAUGUCUGACGAAAGCUAUGGCUCUACUUUCAGCGGAAAUCCUUUCAUUAUUAACUACCUCUACUGGACAAAUAUUACUUGCUCCGACUUGGCAGACCCGGAUCAGGCCGGCCUCGGUAUCUUGGUUUCUAGCAUUAUCGCAGCACUUACAACUAUUAUAUUGUCCUUGUCAAGAAGCCAGCAACAACCCCACUGGACUGAUCAAGUCAUACUGUCUUUCUCCGAUCAACAGCUUAUUACUGGCUUUGCCUUGCUGCUCAGUUCAUAUGUCAAUCUAUACGCCUACAAGGAAGACUUUGUCAUAGAAGACGCUCUGGACUACCAGGACGCCCAUUUCGUCUUAGUUGUCUACCUCGGCUGUUUAUCAAGUAGCUCUCACCUCAUCUGUCUCCUCCGAUGGGCUCAGUUAUGUGAAGUGGAGGAGCCUGGGCAUACGAAAGUCGAGGAAAUGAUGCAAGUUCGAAAAUGGAUCAUCCUGAUAUUUGCACUUUUUCUUACCGGAUCCGCUGCCACGAGCUAUCAUACCUUCAGACCGAUUUUUUGGCUCUUACAAGGAGCUCCGGGUCCCGGCAGCGACGAUAUUGUUUAUGCAGAAUCAUGGCUUAUAGCGCAACGUGUUAUCCCGGCGUUCUUGAUCCUCUACGUAUUCUGGAUAUGCUACAUGCAGGUCUCUUCGGAGCUGAAGGAAAAGCUGGAGAAGGCUCUAUCACACGUAGAAAAUUGCCUUAAGAAGACAUUACCCACCAAGCAGACCAAACGCGUCAUGUGCUUAAUCCAGUUCUGUCUCUUUUCUCGCCCGAAAUUCGCUUUGGGAAUUCAGACUUUUGGCGUCAUUAUCUCCAUAUUGUUCGUCCUGCUACAGAAAUUUAGCCAGCCACCAGAAAUUACGGACUAUGCUUUGGAGCUGGGCAUCCAGGAGUGGUGUGGGUUGAACAACCCUGGGGACAAUCGCUGGGGGUUUGGUCAGACCGUUGCUGUUGCAAUGCUUGUCCUCCCCUUCCUCUCGCUUAUCGAUGCUUACAAAGGUCGAAGGGGGCCUGCGUUAUCCUUUAGCCCUUCGUUUUAUUACGAACAGUCCGCUUCAUCAGAAGACACAAACAUUCAAUUGGGGUGGUGGUAAUUAGUGGCUAUACCCCACAGAUGGGAUUUCUUUUAAUGGACUAAAUCUUUGACUUAACAACAUCAACAACUUACUACAUAUGAACAAUUCGCAUUGCCGUACCCAGUUAUUGUCCAUAUCAAGCUGAAUAUCUUUUUUUUUUCUCGGUGACUUUCCAGG